CUCUCGUCUCUGCACUGCUAUUUCCAUAAUAGCCACCACCCUCUCACCUCUCUCUCGACAAACGAGAAGAAAGAGAGCAAAUGAGUCGUCUUGCACCGUUAUCAGAGGAACCCAUAAACGAAGAUGAAGAAUACAGCACAAACUGUUCAAAGAAGAAGGGUUACUCAUGGAAAAACUGGCUCAAGACUCAUUUCUAUCUUGUUUUCAACAAAAAAUCUGACCUUAAAGUUCUUCUAAGUGUUCUUGGAUGCCCUCUCUUUCCUGUCUCCAUCCAUUAUAAAUUACCCAUCAAUGAGGUAUCCUCCUCAGCUCAAUACAUUAUACAACACUUCAGUGCAGCAACCGGUUGCCGGAAAUUACAAGGAGAAGUGAAGAACAUUUUUGCUACAGGAAAAGUUACAAUGGCCAUGGUUGACGAGCUUGGUGGCUCAGCUAUGGCUGGAGCCACUACAGUUGCAGAAAAGGGGUGUUUUGUAAUGUGGCAAAUGGCCCCUAACAAGUGGCUAAUCGAGCUAGUUGUUGAUGGUCAUAAAGUUGUUGCUGGUAGUGAUGGCAAUGUGGCUUGGCGUCACACUCCUUGGCUUGCCUCUCAUGCAGCUAAAGGUGGAGUUCGGCCUCUACGCCGAGCUCUUCAGGGACUAGAUCCCAUGGCAAUAUCAGCUGUGUUCUCUCCAGCACAAUACAUUGGAGAAAAGUGUGUCUCAGGCACAGAUUGUUUCGUACUGAAAUUGUCUGCUGAUCAAGCAGACUUGGCUGCUCGAAGCGAUAGCACAGCAGAGAUGAUCAAGCACAUAAUAUUCGGCUACUUUAGCCAAAGAAGUGGCCUGCUGGUGCAUCUAGAAGACUCGUACUUAACCAGAAUUCAGUCUCCAGGAACCUACCCCACAUAUUGGGAAACCACAAUGGCAACAAAAAUCGAAGACUAUCGGAUAGUGGAGGGUGUGAUGAUAGCACAUGGUGGUCAAUCAAGUGUAAUGAUCACAAGGUUUGGGGACAGCUUGAAGUCAGGUCUUUCGAUCACGCGAAUGGAGGAGACAUGGACAAUCGAUGAUCUUGCAUUCAAUGUACCUGGACUCUCAAUGGACUGCUUCAUCCCUCCCGAAGAAAUGCAAAAGGACUAUCCAGAGGAGAAUCUUGACUGGAGAUCACCAUUGCAUCGAUGAUCAUCUUCUGGGGCACGACAGAGCUAAAUACUUGUGCAAGUGUGCUUUAUACACACACAUAUAUAAUAUAUACUCUUUACCUAUGACUAGUAUAGUAGAGAUGAUCUUUAAUCUGUGUGAAUAAUGAAUAUACAUAUUAUGUAGCAUACUUUAAGCUCCUUUUGUUUCCUUGAAAGGAGACUUCUGCAUCCAGGUCUACUGGUAAUGAAUAUUUUUGUCAUGCAGAGUGCAGACUCCCAAGUCACACCAAAAUUGUAUACAUAUUUGCUCGAUGGAGAGUCCUCGAUCCUUUGAAUUGUAAUUGAGCUUUUAUAUCCUUAAUCAAUGGAUCCUAACAGUAUUUUCUUUCUA